AUCAAUUUCAACUUCCCUCAUAAAGUUGGUAAAGGAAUUGAAAGAUACUUACCCCAUGCAUCCCCUGAAUGUAUUUCCUUAAUUAAGAAAUUAUGCUGUUACGAUCCAGAUGAGAGAAUUGCCGGAAGACAAGCAUUAAAACAUCCCUAUUUUAAAGAGAUUCGGUAA